GCCCGGCCCAGCGGCGGCUGCAGCGGCGCGCACAAAGCCGGCAGACAUGAGUGAGACGGUAAUUUGCACCACCCGAGCGACUGUGAUGCUGUAUGACGACGUCAACAAGAAAUGGAUGCCGGCAGGGAGUGGACCCCAGGUCUUCAGCCGCAUCCAGAUCUACCAAAACCCCACCACCAACACUUUCCGGGUGGUGGGGCGCAAGAUGCAGCCGGACCAACAGGUGGUGAUCAACAGUUCAAUCAUCAAAGGGCUGAAAUACAACCAAGCCACCCCCAAUUUCCACCAGUGGCGUGAUGCCCGCCAGGUUUGGGGGCUCAACUUUAGCACCAAAGAGGAGGCGGGGCAGUUUGCCAGUGGAAUGUUACAUGCGCUGGAGUCGCUGGAUUCAGGAAACUCUGCCCCGCCUCGGCCCACCCAGAACGGCCCCUCAGUGGACGAAGCGGCUGAGCAGCAGAAAAGGCAACAGCUGGAGCGGGAGCAGCAGGAGCUAGCCGAAAGAGAGCGCAGGGGGCCGAUCUCAGCCUCCCCUGUGACCCCAUCAGGAGGAGGCCCCCCGCCGCCCCCAGGACCACCGCCGGCACCGCCAUGCCUCCCUCCGGGACCAACGAUGGGACCUCCGGGGCCGCCGCCGGGAGCUCCGCCGGGGCCACCCCCGCCGCCAGGGCCGCCCCCACCCCCGGGCCCGCCCCCCUGCUCUGCCCCCUCGGGAGGGGGGCCGCCCCCAGCGCCUCCUCUCCCCCCUCCCCAGGCCCCAGGCGGAGGGGCUGCGGGGCCCCCCAGCGGGUUGGCGGCCGCCCUUGCAGGGGCGAAGCUCAAGAAGGUGGGCAAGGAGGAGGGACCAAAGGCCACACCCGCUGCUGCCGCCCCUCCCGGUGGUCCUGGCGGGGGAGGGCUCAUGGAAGAAAUGAGCGCCAUGCUGGCCCGGCGAAGGAAAGUUGCGGAGCAGGGUGAGAAACCGAUUCCAAAGAAAGAGGAAGGCCCCGCGCAGGAAGACGUGGAAGCCGCAGGUGCCAAGACCACAGACGCCUUCCGAAGACCUUGGGAGAAGACCAGCACGACGCUGCCCAGGAUGAAAUCUGCCGGGGCCAUCAGUGGCUCCGAACCCACGAGCGGCGGUGCAGGGGACGAAUCCGAGCUGGAACGGGUGAAACAGGAAUUACUGCAGGAAGUCCGAAAGGAGCUCCAGAAGGUGAAAGAGGAGAUCAUACAAGCAUUCGUCACAGAGCUGCGGAAGCGGGGCUCCCCUUAGCCCCCCCACGCCGCCACCUUCAGCCGCUUCCCAGUGCCGCCUGGAGUCAGCCGUUGAACUCCCAAAUAUGCAGACACAAAAGAAUAAAAA